AUGACUGUCGACAAACGCACUAAGCAAUGGUGGAAGCAGGCCAUCGUCUACCAAAUCUACCCCGCCUCCUUCUGCGACUCCAACGGCGAUGGCAUGGGAGAUCUCCAAGGCAUCAUAUCCAAGCUGGACUACAUUGCCAGCCUAGGAGUUGAUGUCAUCUGGGUCUGUCCCAUGUACGACAGUCCUCAGGUCGACAUGGGCUAUGAUAUCUCCAACUACGAAGAUGUCUACGCCCCAUAUGGCACUCUGCAGGACAUGGAAGAGCUGAUUCGCAAAACCCACGAGAAGGGUAUGCGGAUUAUGCUCGACCUAGUCAUCAACCACACAUCUGACAAACACGCUUGGUUUGAAGAGUCAAGACUCAGCAAAGACAACCCUAAGCGUGACUGGUACAUCUGGCGACCAGCCAAAUACUCCCCAGACGGCCAACGUCUUCCACCUAAUAACUGGCGCUCCAACUUUGGCGGCGGCAGUGUAUGGGAGUGGGAUGAGUUGACCGGAGAGUAUUACCUACAUCUCUUUGCCAAAGAACAACCAGAUCUCAACUGGGAGAACACAGACACCCGUCGAGCCAUCUAUGCUUCUUCAAUGGAGUUUUGGCUCGAAAGAGGCGUCGAUGGAUUCCGAGUUGAUACAGUCAACAUGUACUCCAAGAUCCAGAGCUUCCCCGACGCUCCCAUCACCGACCCGAAAUCAACUUACCAACCCGCCGGACUUCUAUACUGCAACGGACCCCGAAUGCACGAAUUCCUCGGCGAGAUGAGCGAAAUUCUCGAACGCUACAACGCUAUCACAGUUGGAGAGCUCCCUCAUACACCUGACCUAGAGCGAGUCUUGCGGUACGUGAGCGCCAAGGAAAAGCAACUCAACAUGGUGUUCCAAUUCGACGUUGUGGACACCGGCUUCGGAAAGACGCACAAAUACGAAACGACACCGAAAAACUAUACUCUUCCUCAAUUAAAAGAUGCUGUCAGUCGAACACAGAGCUUGAUCCAGGGCACAGAUGCCUGGACGACUGUAUUUAUGGAGAACCACGAUCAAGCCCGUUCCGUUUCGAGAUUUACGAACGACAGCCCUGAGUAUCGCGUUUCAGGAGCCAAACUGCUCGCUUUGUUGCAGUCUUGUCUGAGCGGUACACAAUAUGUCUACCAAGGACAAGAAAUUGGAUCCGUCAAUGCACCAAAGGAGAGCUACCCAUUGAAGAAUUACGUCGAUAUCGAGAGCUAUCAAUUUAUCGACAUGGUCAAAGAGCGAUCUAACAACGACGAGACUGAGAUUGAUAAAGCCUUUAAUGCCAUUCAGCACCUGGCUCGAGACCAUGCUCGAAUUCCAGUUUGUUGGAGCGAUAACAAGCACGGAGGUUUCUCAGAAGCAGCCGAGCGCGCAGGUCAAUCCGUCAAGGAGCCCUGGAUGCAAUCUCACCCUCUAUCAAGCGACAUCAACGUCGCCUCUCAGCUAGACGAUCCCCAGAGCGUGCUCUCAUUCUGGAAGAAAGCUCUUCACUUCCGGAAAGAAUUCUCUGACCUGAUGGUUUAUGGCGACUACAAGCUUCUCCGGCGGGACGAUCAGGAUAUAUACGCUUUUGUCAAGCAGUCGCCUUUGGAUAACUCCAAGGUUGUUGUUGUUCUUAACUUUACUACCGAGAAGAAGUCAUUGGCUACGCUGACGGCUGAAGAGCUGGGACUCGAUGGGAGGGACUUUAAAUUGGUUCCUAUUAUGUCGACACAUUCUGGAAAGGAACAGCCUGGAGUUCUGUUGCCAUUCGAGGGAAGAGUGUACUUGGUGAAUUAG